GAAACCUGAAAAUGUUUCUCAGUGCUAUGACUGUGCUGUUGUGUCAUAUGGGACAAAGUUGUGCGAAAUAUUUCAGAAAAGCUUUAGAGGUCAACAACUUUACAUUUUGUUUUUGGCAUUCAGUCGAAAGAUGCAACAUAAAACCAUAUGAGACUAAAUUAAAAACAAGUUGACAAUGGGUGAGUAUUUGAUAGUCGUUUUCUGUCUCAUGAGAGACCUGUAGUCAACUAACAUGACCUUGACUUUUACCCAGUAAAUACAUGGGGGAAAAGUGCUUACUGGAAGACAUUUUGUAAUCUUAUGACCUUUAUUUCUGCUUCAGUUUCACUAAAAAACUAGUUUUCUCCUGCAAUUCAGUAAGACAUUACAACGUUAACUCUGUAAAUCUUCAUACUUCACUGGUGAAACUCAUAAAAUCCUGAUGAGCAGGUCUCCGCUGCGAGGGUAAAACAAUGUUGAAAGUCUGUUAACUCAUAUGUAGUUUGGGGAUCAAGGUAAGUAUCUAUUUGUAAGAAUAUACAAUUGUAAAUGAUUUAUUUCCUGUAACUCAAACAAAUGACACAUGUUGAGUGGGAGGUUUGUACUGUGUGAGUGAAAGUGGGAUGCAGUCCUUGUUAUUUGCAGCUCUUUACUCAGAGGAUCCUGCCAGUCAGUCAUGGGUCAUUCUAGGAACCAGAUGUCGACAUGGACACUGUUCGUGUUCUUAUGCAUGAUUGGAGCUAACAUGGCCAAUCCAUAUUACAUGGUGACCAUUCCUGCUGUCCUUGAAGCUGGAGCUCAGACCAAAUUCUGCGCCAGUCUCCUUGAGCCCAAUGAGACUCUGACCAUGACCGUCACUUUGAGGUCUCAAGAAAACACCAUCCUUCUUGAGAAGACCUCUACAGAGGAGUUUCUUGAAUGCAUUCAGUUCCAGGUUCCUUUGGUAAAUAAUAAAGAGGUUCAGAAAUUGGAGGUACAGGUACGAGGAAACACAUUUUACUCACAAGAAGUCAAGAAAGUCCUAAUCAAAGCCUACCAACCCAUGACCUUCAUCCAAACAGACAAACCAAUCUACCUCCCUGGACAGACAGUACGUUUCAGGGUGGUCACAAUGGACACAAAGUUUAGACCAGCCAGCCAAUUGUAUACCAUCAUUGAAGUUGAGGAUCCCAACAGCAACAGGAUUGGACAAUGGCUCAAUGAAACAUCCAACAGCAAAAUACUGCAGCUCUCCUACCCCCUGAACUCUGAGGCCCAGGAAGGAUCCUAUAAAAUCAUUGUGUCAGCAGGAGAAAAUAAAAUACAGCACAACUUUAAAGUGGAGAAGUAUGUUCUGCCCAAAUUUGACGUAACAAUAAAUGUAAAAGAAGAAGUCAGUGUUGGGCAGGAAGGAUUAGAAGCUAAAGUGUGUGGAAAGUACACAUACGGACAGCCUGUGCCAGGAAGUGUUACUGUGAAAAUAUGCCGACCUUUUUAUGACCACAUUUCCAAGAGUCAGAGGAAAGAAACACGUUGUGGCAUUCAGACACAGAAGGCAGACAAAACAGGAUGUAGUACAUUUGAAUUCCAAAUGUCAAUUUUCACCAGAGGCGAUCAAACAGUAUUACAAGAUAAACUUGAUGUCAUUGCCACAGUGGAAGAGGAAGGAACAGGUACAUCACUCUCACAAGUGAAGCAAAUAUUGAUCUCAUAUGUUACUGGAAAACUGUCUUUUGCUGACGUUCCAAAUGUUUAUGAUCAAGGCUCAGUGGUGGAGGGAAAGGUCAAAGCUGUUCACUACAAUGACAUGCCCAUGUCACACCAGUCUUUGUACCUGUAUAGAGGUGAUUGGCCUCGACACAUUCUUCAGAAACUCACAACUGAUGUCCAUGGUUUUGCCUCAUUCUCUUUCAGAACUGAUGCAUUAAGAGAAGAUAUUUUUCUCCGUGUUAGCCCCUUACCAUCACUAUCCUACUCUACAUAUAAAGUUCCUCAUAUUGCGAUUGUGUUUCACAUGAUUACAAAGUCACAACCUCCAUCUGUUAAAACAAUCAGCUCCCUGAGUAUAAAAAGCAAGACAAUACUUCCCUGUGACAACGAAACGGAGAUCUUUAUUGAGUACACUUUGGUGCAGGAAUCUCCAGGCUCUGUGGACGUCAUUUACCUGGUGUUAUCCAGAGGAGCUAUUGCCAGUCAAGGACGAAUACUGGUUGAGGUGGAAAAUAAAUCAGUGAAUGAAGGUGAGGUGUCCUUUAAGCUCAACGUGUCUCCAAACUUGGCUCCAGAAAUCCAGAUUAUGGUUUACGCUGUCCUACCCAACAAGAAGGUGAUCAGUCAAAGUACUGACUUCUCUACUGAGAAAUGCUUUAACCAUAAGGUCUCUCUGGAGUUUUCUUCAUCAUCAGCUGUUCCAGGAGAGGAGACCAACCUGCAGCUGACGGCUCAGCCUGACUCUCUGUGCGGUGUCAGUGCCAUCGAUCAGAGUGUCCUCAUCAAGGAGCCUGGAAAGACUCUGGAUGCAGAGAAGAUAUUUACUUUGCUGCCUGUCAGAAAAGUAUCAGAAAUACCAACUGAAAUUGAGGAACCUAGGGAUUGUUUACUAGAUAUGGAGAAAGUGGGACUGAAGAUGGCAACAAACCUGUUUACUGGAUCAUUACAAUGUUUUAAAAUGUUAUAUGAGUAUGAUUAUGCUGAUGACCUUUUGAACUCCGAUCCAGAAAGAGCCAGUAUAGAAGAGUUGGAAGAAGCUGAAGAGAUCUUAGAACCCAUAAAGACAGUUCGCACCUUUUUUCCUGAAUCUUGGAUAUGGGACUUGGUGGAAACUGGAUCUUCUGGAACCAAGAAUGUGUCCCUCACUGUCCCGGACACCAUCACCACCUGGGAGACGGAGACUUUCUGUUUGUCCCCUCAAGGUUUUGGUUUGGCUCCUCGUCAGAAGCUCACUGUCUUCCAGCCUUUCUUCCUGGAGCUCACCCUGCCCUACUCCAUCAUCCGGGGGGAGAACUUUGAGCUGAAGGCAACCGUCUUCAACUACCUGACUAAAUGCAUCAUGGUUAGAGUGACCGCCGCCCCCUCCUCAGAUUACAGCCUCACCCCCCUCUCUGGGGACCAAUACACAUCCUGUCUCUGUGCCAACGAGCAGAAAACCCUCAGCUGGACCAUGAAUCCCACCGUCUUAGGAGUUGUGAAUGUGACUGUGACUGCUGAGGCUAUUCCAUCCCACAUUUCUUGUGGCAAUGAGAUUGUGAACGUUCCUGAAAGAGGACGUGUCGACGUUGUCACACGUUCUCUCAUCGUUAAGGCAGAAGGAAUUGAAAUAUCAAAGACUUACAACUGGCUGGUGUUUCCCAAAGAUAAAGCUUUGACAGAAGAAACAGAGAUACGCCUCCCUGACAAUGUGAUCGAGGGAUCAGCCAGUGUGACGGUGUCAGUGCUGGGUGACAUUAUGGGCCGCGCUCUGAAGAACAUUGAUGACCUGCUGCGGAUGCCCUAUGGAUGUGGGGAACAGAACAUGGCUCUUCUGGCACCAAACAUCUAUAUUCUAGAAUAUCUACAAAGUUCACAGCAGCUGACCCCAGCCAUUAAGGAAAAGGCUUCCAACUUCUUAACCAGCGGCUACCAGAGACAGCUGAACUAUAAAGAUAGUAAAGGUGCUUAUAGCACGUUUGGGUCAGGACCUGGAAUCACCUGGCUGACCGCUUUUGUCCUGAGAUCUUUUUACAAAGCUCAAUCUUUCGUCUACAUCGACCCAACAAAGAUUGACCAAUCAAAGACUUGGCUGGAACAAAAACAACGUAGCAGUGGCUGUUUUGAACAGUCAGGACAACUCUUUCACAAAAGUAUGAAGGGAGGGGUGUCAGAUGAAGUCACACUUAGUGCUUACAUCACUGCUGCCUUUUUGGAAAUGAAAAUAUCCACAAAUGAUCUUGUUGUCAGGAAGAGUCUGUUCUGCCUCAGAGCGUCCAUCAAUACCUUCAGCAACACCUACACUACAGCUCUGCUGGCGUACGUCUUCACUCUGGCUGGAGAAAUGGAAACCAGAAAUCACCUCCUGCAACACCUCGACUCAGUCGCAAUAAAACAAGGGAGCUCCAUCCACUGGUCUCAGACAGCAGCAGAAACAUCCGCCUCUCUAUCUGUGGAAAUCAGCUCCUAUGUGCUGCUGGCCAAACUCUCUUCCUCCCCCACUGCUGAAGACCUGGGUUACGCCUCAGGCAUUGUUAGGUGGCUGACGACCCAACAGAACCAAUAUGGUGGCUUCUCCUCCACUCAGGACACGGUGGUGGCUCUUCAGGCUCUGUCCCUCUACUCCAGUCUGGUGUUCAGCCCUGAAGGUUCCAGCACAGUGACGGUUCAGACUCCCAGCGGUCAGCUGACGUUUGAUGUGAACGCAGACAACAAACUGCUGUACCAGGAGAAGAUGCUGCAGAAUGUAACAGGAAAGUACAGCCUGGAGGUGACAGGGACUGCAUGUGCCUCGGUGCAGAUUUCUCUGCGGUACAACACCCCACCUCCUACUGACGCCUCCACUCUGAGUUUGGAGGUAAAACCCCAAUCUGACUCCUCUGGCAAAAUGCCUAAAGUGACUCUGAGCCUCCUGUCCCAGUACAAUGGAAAAGAUGCCAGUACUAACAUGGUGAUCCUGGAUAUCGCCUUUCUCUCAGGAUUUAUCCCUGACCCACAGUCUUUGAAGAAUCUUGAAAGAGCUCAGCUGGUGGAUCGGGUUGAACACAAGGACGGCCAUGUUGUGGUGUACUUAACCAAGCUUACAAAGGGGGCACCAGUGAACCACAGCCUGGUUCUCCUACAGCAGAUCCCUGUGCAGAACCUCAAACCAGCAGUGAUCGCCCUCUAUGACUACUACCAGCCCAGUGAUCGGGCUGAGAGAGAGUAUAUUGCGGCUAAUCAAGCUUAAAGUGUGACGUGCCAUCAGUCCUGAAGUUGUUUGCUGAUUUUGUUCUAUUAAAUGGAAGUAAAAUGUAUUUUCAUAGGGAUACUUUGCAUGUAGUAUCUCUGUUAUUUUAAUCAUAUUACUCAUACUAAUUGUUUUACAAAUGAUUACACAAUCUAUUCAUUUAUUACCUUUUGCUUUUACAUAAACAUUGUAACUAUGCAGUGUUGGGAAUAAAAAUUUGCAUCAA